UCGACUCGUAUUGUGUGACAAAUCAGGACAAUGUCGGGACCACCGCCUCCUUAUAACCCAAACCCAGGGCCGUACAACUACCAGCCCCAAGCACCCGGCCAGGCAUACGGUCAGCCCGGUUGGAACCCACAGGCUCAACCUCAACCUCAGCCAUACCAGCCCCAGCCUUAUCAGGGUCAGCCAUAUCAGGGGCAGCCCUAUCAGGGACAGCCAUACACCCAACAGCCUUACGGACAACAACCGCAACAAACGAUUAUAAUUCACGAACAGACGAACCGAAGAAAUGACGGCAUUUCCGACGAACAGUGCUGUUGUAUCGCACUAUUGGGUGCCUGUUGUCUGGCCUGUUGUCUCGCAGACUAACCACAAACUUAUAGAUUAUGUAUUUGCAGUGAUUUUCUUAUUUUAUAAAUUAUUGUUAUAUUAUUGUAACCAAAAUGUUAAGUCAUUUCCAGUAUAUGUUUCCUCUUUUAAUGGUUUUAUAAUUAAAAAAAAGGUUUAAAUUUAUCAAA